UACGUUUCUUGCUUUGUUAUUCAAUUAUUAAUUUAGUAGUAAUUUGGGAAAGUUCUCGCCAUAUAUUUAGGAGAUCCUUUACUUGAGAGUGUCGAGCGACAUAUCUAAAGUCAGGAGAACAAAGACCCAAUCACAUAACAUAGUAAAAUAAAAUUAACACUGAAUAUGAAUUUAAGGUUUUAAUAUUGUUUAUUACCAUAUAAAUAUCAAAACAUUAUUUAAACUAUUAAUUUAUUGCUUAAUUAAUAACUAUUAUAAAUUAAUAAAUUUUUUUAUCCGGACUGUAUUAAUUUAUAGAGUUUUACAAUUUUUUUUAAAAUCAGACAUGAUGCUAAACCAAAAAACUUAAUGAUAUAUAGUUCUUGGUUAACAAUUAUAGUUAAUAGAAUCAUUCAUACACUAUAACAUUCAAGACAUAUAAUACAUAAUUUAGAGCUGAAUUUAUCACAAACAAGAAAGAAAUUAAAAUUCUAAGAAAUCCUUCAAACCAUGUCACAAUAGAAAUCAAUUUUUUAUCACAAACAAGAAAGAAAUUAAAAUUCUAAGAAAUCCUUCAAACCAUGUCACAAUAGAAAUCAAUUUUUUUAAUUAAGCUCAAGUUAUUAUUUGGGGUGACAAUCCGUAGUAUUUGAAGCAAAAAUAAAACCAACAAGGUGGCUGCGAUUUGAAGAAAAUGAAGCAACAAUAAAAUUAGCAAUUCAGGUAGGAUGGUCUUAAUUUGUAUAGAAGCAUUUUUUUUGUUGUUAAAAUAAUGAAUCGGUGGACUAAUCAAAUUAAACCAGGGUGGGUUCAUCUAGUUUCAUGUUAAACCAUUAAAAUUGUUUGGUCAAUCCUUAAACCGUCCAAAAAAAUUAAUAGAACCACAAUUAUAAUUGGUUUGGUAGUUCUACUAGUCCAGCUGUGAGAUACGGUUGGAUUCAUAUAAAAAUGAAUAUUACUGUAGAUACAUAGAUACAUAUCAGUGUCUCAAAGCAUUGAGUGUCAAUGCAUAAAAGCCAACUACCAUAAAUCUUUCCGUCGCCGCACAACCAAGACGAGGUGAAAAAGACGCACUUCGAUUUUAAAGAGUUGUGGGUUGUGCGGCAAACAGAAACGUCCCGCCUUGUAUUUCCAUAUACUUCCCUUUCUGUUUAACCCCUCGUCGGCUAUGCGGCAAAACAAAGAUUCCGCCAUAUCUGCGGAGUGCCGAAUGCUGCCUCUUCUAUAUGUCGCUCGACUAUAUAAGCUACUUCUUCUACGUCGAUCCAUAUAUCCCACCAACAUGAAUACGUUUAAAAAUAACAAGACAUCGUCGAUGCAAGCUGCGACUAUAAUAAUAGUGAUAGCGGGGGCGUAUCUGAGCAAUUAUGUGAGAGCCGCCGAGUAUUGCGGUUGCGGGCGGGCAAAUGAUCAGCAGAAGUUCCCCGUUUAUGCGCACGGUCUUCUUGAGGAUUUAGUGGCAGGUAUGCCUUUCCAGGGGAGAGACCCAGCCUCAGGAUACAUGAACUACAUCACAACAAAUCCAAGACCAGGAAGCAAGGGAGCCGUUUACGGCUCCGCCAUCUGUACUCGCCGCCUCACUAUGGCUGAGUGCGAAACUUGUCUUUCUGGUGUGCGAGAGUGCUUGAGGCCAUGCAAAACCUACUCUUGCGGAGGGGCUAAGAUUGCUAAUAGGUGCAGCCUUGACUUCUGGCAAAUGGAAUGACACGUAUUAGAGUAUCGAUAAAGUACGGGUAUUAUUAUGUAAACUGUUCUAUAGUUCUAUCUGUACUUGAAUUACGUUCCUUAUCAGAAUUUUGUAGGGCUGGAAAAAUAGAACAGACUGUUAGAAAAACCGUGGUCCAAACCGUACCGCACAGUUUGGUCCGGACCGUAGAUCGUUAAUUAUGGUCUGGUCUGGUCCAUGAAAAGUAUUAUUUUAUGUUUUGAUCUCUUGGUCUGGUCUGGUGUAGACCGUGGUUUAUCGGACCAAACCGUGGACCCAAGCGACUUGUCAAUACGUGUUAACAACCCUUUCGACCAUUCUCCUAACUCCCACAACGACACCCAAGUCUCAACCUUAGUUUUGUGAAUCUCGUCCCUCAUUCAUUCACAACCACAUUUAACCUGAGAGUAGAGAUCAUAAUUGUGUCUCCAUACGAAAUUAUGUUAAUGUUUAUACGUUAUGGUGCCAGUUGAGAUGCUUUUACUUUGUAUCUUUAUUAUGUACUAAGAUUUAGGGUAUCAAAAUUAUUCAUGCAUGUUAGGAUUAAUGUUUUGAGGCAAAUAACAAUUAUUUUUCUUGGUUAUUUGUUCAAUGUUUUGUGUGGUUGACUAAACAAAUUAUUUAUUUUUUGUUGAGUGUGGUCUAUCUGGACCAGACCAGACCAUACCAGACCGCAUAGGUGUGGUCUGGACCGAACCGUAUAGUCUGUGGUCUGGUUUGUGGUCUAUACUUUAGCCUCUCGGUAUGGCAUAGACCGUAUAUAUGAUCUGGUCAGGACCAGACCACACCGUUUCCCUGCCUGAAAUUUUGGGAUGUUUGCUUGGUAUCUUCCCUAUAAGAGUGAAGUCUUUCUUUGUAGUCUAUUGAAACUCGAUAUGAUUUUAACAAUAAAACAUACCAAUUUCAAUGGGAGAAAAAACAUUAAUGAAAUAUGACUUUAUAAGCAAUUACCUAAUAUUACUAGCGCUCUACUCAUCUUUUAAUAACACAACAAUUAAACAUUAUUUCACUUCCAUUCUUAUUAUGGGUUAGUUUGGCCCUGUUGUAGAUUUUGCAGAAGCAGCUUCUGGCUAGAGAUUUUGGAGAAGUACUUUUCAAAAAAAAAAGUAGCUGAGUAUUUGACAGAAAAACUAUUAGAAGUGCCUGAAACUGGUAGACUCAUUUGGCAGUCCUGGACGAGUCAUGUAUGGAGAGAACGGUGUCGAAGAAUGUAUGGAGGUGAUGCUAGGGAGUUUAAUGAACUGUUGUUAUUGAUUAAAACUGAAAUUGAAUGUGUUCUGAGUAGUGAAAGGGUCAGUCAAUUCUGGAAUGUUUAGCUAAAAUACUGUCUCAGAGGAUAGGUUCCAUUUAUCUGUUCCCCAUAUUUGGUUAAUUCCCUAGCUAGCAAGGGUGUUGCUAGCAACACUUUUUUGAUGAAUAAGAUCCCAAUGAUUCAUUAAAAAGAACUAUUAGAA